AUGUGGACCCGAGGACUCAAUUCGCCAAUGGCUAAUGACACUGGCAGACAUGACCCAAUCGCGCAGUCGGUGACGCACUUGCAUCAGAGCCUUACGAAGAACCUGGAUACCGUCGUUGUGAUACGCUUUCCAGGAUUGGGUCCACCCUCACUAACAUCAAUGCACUGGUCUUCGAUUUCCGCCAUAUUCGUUUAUCUGCUAGCCGAUGUUAUCGCAUUUAGCAUCAUUUUGCCAUGGUUUCCUACGAUUUUCGCAGCAGAUAGUCAGGACGUUUUUCACACUUCACUUAGACGUGUUUCCGAAACUAUAAACUCACUGCUUUCUAUUGAUUUAAAAUGGAAUUCAGCUAUUUUUGGUGCAGUGACGUCAACUGCCGCAGUUGCACAGUUCUUCUCCUCUCCAUUCGCCGGUGCUCUAUCUGAUGUGUAUGGCCGUAAGCGCAUUCUGAUAUCCCUACAGGCCCUCAGCAUUCUUGCCUAUCUACUAUGUGCCCAAUCUGCCUUCUCCUACCCGCUGUUUGCUGUAAGCCGACUGUUGUGCGGGAUCACCAGAGCGAAUGUCGCCGUCCUAUCAGCACUAAUUGGGGACCAAUGUGGCCCAGACAUGCGUACAAGAGCCAUGACGCUAGUCGGGGCUGCCUACAGCGUGGGAUACACCUUAGGCCCCCCAACAUCUGUUGCGAUCAUGGGACGCCUGAUGGAGAAACCGGUGGCCUCCAAACUGUUGCAGUAUCUAGGAUUAAGUGCGACCAUACUCGAAGCAUUCGGGCUUUUGGUGAUAGUCGCUUGUGUAUCUGAGCCUGAAGUGAAGCACCGCAACAGGCCCGUACAACUUGAUACAACGUUUCGUCUUCUUGAUCCACGAAACCUGUUCAGUUUUCAGGUCAUUAAUCGCCUAUGGCAAUGGAGCAUCAUAUGGUUCGUCUUCCUUCUGAUUUUCUCCGGUCUCGAGUCGACUGUGCUGUUUCUCACCCGAAGUCGGUUCGGUUUUACGGGCCGAGAUCAAGGACACAUCUUUCUGUUUCUCGGAAUUGUGAUGCUCAUCGUCCAAGGAGGCUUGGUUCACCGAUUCCGACACGGGAAUGAAGCAAAAGUCAGUAGCCUGGCAAUUUUUGUACUUGCGCUGGCAGCAUUGAUUAUUGGAACUGCACAGCUGUGGUGGGUAUUCUAUAUUGGGCUGGCAUUCUGGGGAUUUUCGUCCGCUUCAUUCAUGCCCACAUUCAAUGGAAUGGUGUCAUUACAGACAGGCCCGGAACGACAGGGUCAAGUCUUGGGUGUUUUCCGUUCUCUGAAUGCGUUGGCACGUGCAGUUGGACCAUUUUUGUUUUCCCUGGUGUUUGGAGUUGCUGGACCAACAUACAGUUACGUGAUCGCGGCUGCAUCUUUGAUAUGUAUCGGUGUGCACUACGUCAGAACGAAUACGUUGCUGAAACAAAAUUGACUGACGGUGCGGUGUCAUCUGGCAGACCACUGUCUGUGAUCGCUCUUCUUCUAUGUUCAUCUGCUUUCUGUGUUCGGGUUUUGUGGAGC